UAAAGUAAUGACUGUCGGCCGUCGUAUAACACUAUAAUUUAGCUGUUUAGUGUUUAGUGCUUAAAUUAUUAUUGUUAAGUGUUAACAUUUUUCUAUCGCACAACGUAAUAGUUAACAGAUCAUUUAAAAUAGAAAAUUAUCGACCGAUUCAGACGACAGUCUUCUAAUGCGGACCUUUAACAUUUAUCUGCAGUACAAUAGUGACGUUGAGAUGUCUACUAGUUAGUACGAGCAACUUGGGAUCCGUCACAUUUUGUCCCGAUUUCUAGUACUUGACAUUCAACGCUUACAAUCAAAGCUCUGUUAUUAUUCAUAAAUCAUAAUAACUCGGAAUAACUAUGAGUGUAGUACAAGGAGGACUCAGCAAGCUGAAGAAGAAACACAUUGGAGUAAAAAGACAAAAGGUUAAGUUGUUCCGUGCCAAUGAGCCACUGCUGUCUGUUCUCAUGUGGGGUGUGAAUCAUACUAUUAAUGAAUUGAGCCAUGUAACAAUACCAGUAAUGCUACUUCCUGAUGAUUUUCGAGCGUAUUCAAAAGUUAAAGUCGACAACCAUUUGUUUAACAAGGAGAAUAUGCCUAGCCAUUUUAAAAUCAAAGAAUACUGUCCAUUGGUGUUCCGUAAUCUGAGGGAACGUUUUGGUAUUGAUGAUCUGGAUUACAAAGAGUCAAUGACAAGGUUCUCUGAGGAAAGCAGCUACUGUUGUCGCAAAAGUCAAAGCAAAUCUAUUAUGAUGUACAACAGGAGAUCCUUGACUACUCCUAAUUUACAUAUGGAAACAGCUAACUAUAAGCCUAAGAAAUUGAAAGUUAAUUAUUCUGAAAUUAAAAGAAGAUCACAACCUGUUUCAGCAGAUGCCACCGGCAAAAGCAAUGCUGGUUUUUAUUAUUCAUAUGACAAACUAUUCAUCAUUAAAACAUUAACAAGCGAAGAAGUUGAAAGAAUGCACUCAUUUUUGAAACACUAUCAUCCUUACAUAGUUGAGAGACAUGGAAAAACUCUUCUUCCUCAAUACUUGGGAAUGUAUCGCUUGACUGUUGACGGUGAUGAACAUUAUGUCGUAGCCAUGAGAAAUGUGUUUAGCAAUCAUUUGGCCACACAUAAAAAAUUUGAUCUCAAAGGUUCCACAGUAGAUAGAGAAGCUUCAGAUAAGGAGAAGGAAAAAGACUUACCAACAUACAAAGACAACGAUUUUGUCAAAGAGCGUACAAAAAUAUAUAUUGGAGAUGAAGCAAAAGAUAAGUUAUUAGAAACGCUAGGAGCAGAUGUUGAUUUUUUGACGGGUUUACAUUUGAUGGACUAUAGCCUAUUGCUAGGCAUACAUGAUUGUACUCGCGCAGAACGUGAAAGGGAAGAGGCAAUUGCUAGUGGGACUGGAGAUGUUAAUGCAGAAGAAGAAGAUGAAGAUGCUGAAGACAGUGAGGGUGCUGGGAAUACAGUGACUUGGGCAAAUACACCUCCAGAUUCACCACAUAGUUUAUUAGCCCGUGAUACAAGCCUCUGUCAGUAUGAUGCAGCUGCUAUAAUACCUGAUCUCGAUAUAUAUGCCAUACCAAGUAGUGAAGGUGCACCUGUACGAGAAAUUUAUUUCAUUGCAUUGAUUGAUGUACUUACACAUUAUGGCGUAAAAAAGCAGGCAGCCAAAGCAGCUAAAACAUUGAAGCAUGGAUCAAAUGUGGAUGGCAUAUCAACAUGCGAUCCAGAACAAUAUGGCAAACGUUUUAUUGAGUUUUUAUCAAAAGCCAUUGAAUAAAUUAUAAUUUUAAAUUUCUUCCAUUUUGAAAACAAACAAUAUAUAGUGUGCUAAGUAUUAUUAUUUAACGCUAGUUUUGUAUACGGCAACGCUUGCUUUAAACACUAUAUAUUACUACAGGUUUGAAAUGAACGUACUUUAUUUUUUACAUAUUUUUUAGAGUUUAAUUAAUUGCUAUAAUUUUGUUUUUAUAUUAUUAUAACUUAUUGUG